AUGUCUUAUUCAUCAAGAUAUUCAAGCAGCAUAUCAUCUACGGUGCGUUCUUCUGGAAUAGGAGGAGCUACCACAACUUCUUCACAAUAUUCAAGUACCAACACAACUGAAGCACCCCAAAGAAGCAGCACACAGCGUAAAUCCGUACUAGUGAAGCCUUAAUAGGAGGUUGUGAAUGUGCCUCCACCAUCAAAGGAACGAAAAUGGCUUGGAGAGAAGCCUGAAGUUGUGUGCUUCUUACUUGCUUUAGAAGUGGACAGACUGCAGAGGGAAAACUCAGAUCAAAGAGCCUUUAUCAAUGAGUUGUAAGGUAACUACUCGAAAUUGCAGAGUGAGUACACUACACUUCAGGAGAAGUAUAAUCUUGAGGUCUAACAGUUUAAGACAACUAUUGAUUAGCAAAACGUGAAAAUCAAGGCUUUAGAGGAUGAGAUCAACCAAUACAAAUCAAAGUUGGGAUAGGUAGACAACACAUUGGCCAAUAAGUUAUAAUAGGCAGAGUAGAGAAUCAAGGAUUUGGAACGAUAGUUGAAGGAUUAAGAGAGUAAGUACACAACAGAAAUAAAUAAUCUGAAGUCGACUUGGAAUACAGAGAAAUCCAACUUUGAGAGUGAUAUUAAGAGGUUGAAAUUGGAGAUUGAGAAUUAUAUUAACGAGAUAAAGAAUCUUAAAGGAAAUUCCUCAUCAGAUAUAGACAGAUUGAAUAAGAGAAUUAAGGAAUUGGAAACUUAGAUUUCAGAGUAUCAACUCAAAAUUAAGAAUUACGAAACUCAGAUAUCUGAUUAUCAAAAUAAACUUAGAGAAUGGGAAGCCAAGGGGAGAGAUUAUGAUUCUAAAAUAGCCUAGUAUUAAUCAGAGUUGGAUAAUUUGAAAAAUCAACUUAGAGAUAGAGACUCAGAAAUUGAAAGAUAUAAGAGAGACUUAGACGAUUGGAGAAACAAGUACAGUGCUCUGGAGAUGCAAUUCUCAAAUUACAAAUCUUCUUCAGGAGGUGAGUCAGAAAGACUCAAUGGAUUAUUGAGAGAUAGAGAGAAUGAUAUUAACAGAUUACAAUCUGAGUUGAGAAAUACCAUUGAUGAAUGGACUUCUAAAUACACUAAUCUAGAAAAUUAGUAUAGAUAGGCUUAGAGUGAAAUAGAUAGGUUGAAUGGAGUUGUUAGAAAUUUGGACGAUGAGAUCAAUAGAUUAAGAUAGAUCAUUGAUUAGAUGUAAAGGGAAAUCGAUGAUUGGAGAUUGAAGUAUGGAGAUUUGGAAGGCAAAUACAAUACAGCCAUCAGAAACUAUGAAUCUUAAAUUAAUGAUCUCAAUUCUCAAUUGAGACAAUAUCAAUCAGAUCUAGAUACUUGGAGGAAUAGAUAUGGACAAUUAGAAAAUGAGAACUCUAAUUUGAAGAACAAUAGUUCAGGAUAGGACAAUUUCAUCAAAGAACAGGAAAGUAUCAUCAGAAGAUUAGAAUCAGAUUUAUAAAGAGCAGAAGAUAUAAUUGCCUAGAAGGAUUAGGAAUUAAAUAGAUUAGCUAAUGAUCUCUCUAAUGCAGAAUCAAAAAUAAGAGAAUUGGAAUUCUUGAUCUAAUAAUUAAGAGAUUAAAUUGAAGAUCAACGUAAAGAAAUAGAGAGAUUAUAAUAAUUAAUCCAAGAUAGAGAUCACAGUCUUGAUAUGGCAGAAAAGGAUUUAGAAGAAGCAGACAGGAAAAUUCAUCAAUUAGAAAAUGAGAAUGCUACACUUAAUGAAGAAUUAAAAGACUACCGAUAGAAUUAUGAUUAGGUCUUAAAGGACAAUGAAUUGUUGGAAAAGAAAAUAGGUGACCUUGAAUCCAAAACAGUCUUUUUGGCAUAAGAAAUUGAUAGAUUGAAGCUGAUUCUUGAAAAAAGAAAUAAAGAAAUAGAAGAUCUCAAGGCUUAGAUCUUAAAGUUGAAAGCAGAAAUUUCAACUCUUGAAACCCAAGUUAAAGAUUUCUAAUAAAAAUUAGAUGAAAAAUUAAAGGACUAUGAUGAUUUAAAUAAGAAACUUAUAGAAAGAGUACUAGAAGUCUAGUAAUUGAAUUCUUAAAUAAUAAUUUUGAAUCAAUAACUUGUUCAAUUGUAAUCAGUGAAUGAGAAAUGUAGGAAUUAAGAAGAUUAAAUCAAAGACUAUCUGAGAUAAUUGGAUGAAUUAACUAGAUAGUUGAAUAAGGCUCAAUAAGAAAUUAAUAUGUUACAAGGAUUCAAAGACAGAUUACCUGAGGCAGAUAGAAAGGCUUAAGAACUUUCUAAAGAAGUCGAUCGUUUACAAUAAUUGUAUAAGGAUAAGGUGACUGAAAAUGAUGUAUUAUCACAAAAACUUAGUACAAGUGAAGUUGAAUUGAAUAGAAUUAGAUUGAUUGAAAAGUAAUUUAAUGAUUUCAAAAAACAAACAUAAACAACUGAAUAAGAAUUUACAAGAAUCAAACAAACAUUUGAACAGAAAGGAAAUGAAAGUGAUAAAUUAAAACAAACAAUUGCAGGUUUGGAACAAUAAUUAUAAGAUAAAAAAGUAUUGGCAGACAAAUUAAAAGUACUUGAAUAACAAUUAGCUCAAGCUCAAAAGGAUUUAGCAAAUCUGACAAAGGAUAGAGAUAAGAAAGAUUAAGAAUUAUAAAGAUUAAAGGAUUAAAUUGCUGUUUUAUAAAGUACAUUGAAAACUAAGGAGGAUCAAUUCAAUUAAUUGAAGUAAUAAUUUGACUAGAAUGUCAAUGAGUUAACAAAAGUCAAAUAAACACAGGGACAAUUAGAAGCUAAAGUAUCGCAAAUUGGAUUAAUGAAUGACAAAUGGACAAGUUCAGAAAAACAGAAUAAAUAAUUACAAACAGACUGUGAUAAAUUAAAGAAAGAUUUGGAUUAAAGAACAAAAGAAAGAGAAUAAUUGAAAUUGGAUAAAGUUUAAUUGGAAAAUGAUUUGUUAGCUUUCAAAUCACAAGUUAGAAAAUGA